AACUGUAUCUAGGUCAUAUUCGUGAAGUAUCGUAAUACCUUCACAGUUAAAGACGCAGUUGUUAAUUUAUAAUUGGGAUACUGAUUAUGGUUUACAAAAGUUCUCAAUUGAAACACAGCGCUAAACUCAACAAAAUAAAAAGGAAUAUAGGUUGUGACAUCUUACGAAGUAAGUAACAGGUUUCAAAGCGUUGUAAAAAUGAAAGUAAUUGUUGUGUUGAUAUUAAUAUCAAUAUUAGAUAGUACAACCGCAUUUUAUACGCGUCAGACGCCAGAUGGAAGUAAAAACACUCACGAAACCAUAACUCAAGAGGGAACAAUGCAGGCACUGUCAAGUUAUAUUUGGGAAACUAAACUAAAACGGACUGGAUCAGAAAAAUCAGCUGUGGAUGACUUCUUUAAGAAUGAUGCCACCAGUAAAAUAGAAAUGGAGAAAUCAAUAAAUGCCAUUGUUCAGGCAAUUGCAAAUACACAAGUGGAAAAGAAGGAUAAAGCUUUCGUACAUUGCCAUGCUGAUCAAAUAUUAUUAGCUCAUCAACAUGUGAUAUCGUGCAGGAAUAAACUCAGCCAAUUGAAAAACGAUGUAGAUGAGUUGCGAAAACAGUUGGGAGAAUGUCUUUACACUGUGCAGUCGUUUUACAGCAACACCAACUGGGUCGAAAUGAAAGGUGCAGUACCUUAUAAAGAUUUUGGUAUCAAAGGGAAGAUACUUAUGGCAGUAGCUUCACCAAAUGAAGAUACAUGUAAUGAUGUUACAAGUAUAGAGUUUGACUGUGGACAGAAUAUUAUAGUACAAAACAAGUUAACUAGUGGUUACCAUCACGGAAGAGGAAACACUAAACCUACAAAACCACAAGGCGCAACCGUUGGAAAAUGUAGUCAUGGUGGACCGGACGAUGAGAGUCGUAAAAUGGUAGCAAAAUGUGGAAUAAACAAGGAAACAACAACAGAACGUUUAUCUCCACAUUUUUAUCUUCAUCAAAAGGCAUAUUUAGCUGCUAUUGCCGCAACAAAAGACUUUAUGAUAAUGAAAGAUACAGGUAUUCUAAAAUUGCUUGGAAGUAAAACGUUCGACGAAAUAUUCAACAUCAAAACGGGAAAGGCUGUAUCACUAGCGUUUGUUGUAGACUUCUCAGGUUCCAUGAAGGAAGAAAUUGCUGCUGUUAGAGAACAAAUAUUUCAAUAUGUGACUUCUACAAUCGGUUCAGACAAUGAACCGGCGGAUUAUGUUUUAUCACUGUUUAGUGAUCCAGUUACACUGAAUAAGGCAUUUGUCGAAAGAGAUGGAUAUGAAAUGAUUAAGAAAAUCGAAAAUGUCACAGUAGCUGGAGGUUAUGAUUGCCCCGAGUUUGCAUCCGACGGUAUAUUGAAAGCCAUCAAAUUAUCUAGAAACGGUUCUACAUUACUUGUGUUUACUGACGCUGACGCAAAAGAUGCACAUAGAAGACAAGAGGUAGCAUAUGCUGCAAAUACUAAACGUAUUACAAUAACCCCAUUUAUUACGGGAACUUGUUCAAGGAGACGACGGUCGAUUAAGUAUAUAAAGCGAAAAGAUACGGCGUCAUUCUUUCAGCAUCUAGCUCAGGCAACAGGGGGAAAGGUUUAUCGUACAACGAAAGAAGAAAUAAGUGUUGUCUUGAAUAAUAUUUUUGAGAAAACAUUCCCUGUAGGUGGAGUUAUAGUGGAUUCAUUAACCUGGUCACGGACAUCAAGUAACAAGAUCAUGUUUGUUGUUGAUAGUUCAAUAACAGUCCUCAAGGUUGCUGUGUGCUGUCCAGGUGCAGACAGCGGAGUAGAAUUGUUUUACCCAAAUGGAACAAGAGACACAUUUGCAAGUAAAUUUUCACAAAAGCUGGUUACUAAUAGGAACGAAGUAAUAAUUUCUCUGCAACGACCACCCCCCGGCGGAUAUAGUCUACAGAGACAUUUAUCUAGUAACUGGUCAGGGUCAGUAAAUAUAACAGCACAAAGUCCAGUUAAACAAGAAACAGAAAUACUUGAAUACACCGAAACUGGUGCCUUACCUACCCUUAAAGGAAGUCCUAUUGCAGGAAAGAACUACAUAUUUUAUGUUAACAUUUAUAACCUUGGAGAAAACGGUACUUGUAAUGACAUUACCCUAACUGAUAUGUUAGGCAAUGAAUUGUUUAAUGUUCAUACUAUUCAGACAACAAAUGUUAUGACAGUAAGAUGUGCCGCCAUAUUAACUACUCCAAACCAGUUUUUCCAGUUGAAGUUAAACGGGACAGACACUAAUGGAUUGCUAUUUUCCAGAAAAAAUUCCGUAGUAUUUAAACCAACCAACGUCAAGUUUACAAUAGUUUCUCCUGAAAGCGCAGUUAUCGGAAAAGACAUGUUUGUAUAUUAUGAAGUGGAAAAUACAGGAACAAUUAAUGAAACAUAUGUAGUUGCGAUUACAAACGACUAUACUGCUGCAGUAUUACCAAAAAGAAGACAGCAUACAGUUUUCGCGGGUGAUAUAAGUAAUGGAUCAUUUACCUUGAAGCCUACCUCAUCAUCUGUUAUCUUGAAAUUUAGCAUAACAGUGUACCUGGGUAAGACAUCAGAAAUAACCCAAAGCAUUUUGAAAACUGUUCUCAUGACUGACAUUGUAAGACCAGUGUGCACAAUUGUAUCAUUGAAUGGAACUUGUAGUCGUUCUUCGUUGAAUACAGCACAAUGCCAUAAAUAUCACUGGUUCGUAGAUGCAGAUAUUACAUUCGAAGGAACUGAGUUAGGAAACGUUACUUCAUCUGUUGGAUCAGCAACCGAAUUGUUAUAUGAAGAUAUUUCAGGUCUGAGACAUGGUCCUUUGAAUAUCAGUAUCAGAGGAAGUUGCUGUACACCCUCAGUCAUUCUUGCUGCUGUCGACACUGAUGGAUACAUAGCAUUGUGUAGAAUAGAAUUGUCAGGUGGAGAAAUUGUCACACCAAUGGAAUCUUAUGACAUAGAUGUUUCCAUAAUGGAAAAAGACAAAACGGAUGUUAGUUAUACAAGAAUCGUCAUAGCGGUAGUAGUGGGUGCAAUCAUUGUUGUUGUUGUUGUGUCGAUUCUGGGAUUCAUUAAUUACAGAAAAUUUAAACAGUCUUCACGUGGUAAUAUAAAUUAUAAUGUAAGCCAAAACACCACAGAUGGAAUAAUCAGAAAUCAACCAACGAGCAAUGUAGAAUACCAUUCAGUCAAAUCAGUCGAGAUCAGUGACGAGAAAGACAACAUGUGAAAUAAAUUGGAAACCUAUUCAAUAUGUAACGUUGCUAUGUGUUUUUUUUUACUUACAUGCGAAAGUUGCUUAACAUUUUAUAUUUAAGAUUCAGCAAUAACUAUGUCUUUCUUUUUAUUGCAACACUUGUGUAUUUUUUUAAUAUGUACAUGGGUUCUUAGCUGACUUUUCACAUAUUCAUUUUAUGAUCACAUUUGUAUUUUGUCUAAUCCGAGGCAUGUGUUCAUUACUUUUGCGUCAAAAGAGACGGUAUUAACAAUGAGUAUAAAGCUCAAAAAUUUUUAGAUGGUACUAUAGAUACAAAAUCCAUAUUGCAUAUGUGAUACCUUAUCUAAAGAUAUUUUGUCUGACAUAAAUAUUUGACCUUGUCAUCAAAUUUAUA